AAGAAAGACGCGAAGGAUUUGGAAAUGAAAGUCAAGAGUUUGUGCAAAAUAGAGGACUUUGAGACCACUUUAGCCGCCGCUGACAAAGACCUCAAAGAUUUGAGACUUACUUUUUCGGGAAUGGAAAACAACGAACCCUUCAUCAGAGCUCAGAUCCAUUCAAUUGAUUGCACAGACAGUUGUCCUGUUUGUGAACACGAUCUCAAUGCUGACUGGAAGACCAAAAGUGGCACAAAAUUAAACAAAAAUGAAUUGAUUGAGAAAUUGGAAACAUUAGUGAAACAAACGCCACAUUCUGUCGAAGAGAUUAAGAAUAAAAUUAAGUCUAAAGAGAAAGAAGUGAAUGAAUUGAUUGGUUUGCGUUCUGCCGUCGACUCCAUUAAGGCAUUAAACGUUGAAAUUCCCAAAAUUGAAACCGAAUUAAAUUCAAUGAAUGAGAAGAAAGACAGUCAGAAACAGUUCAUUCAGAAGGAGAAAAUGAUAAUAAAUAAGCAAAAGAGUGAAUUGAAUUCAUUGCGCGAUGUCUUACAAGACGCCAAUGAAUACGACAAGAGUUGGGCUGAUAUUCAGGAAUUGAACAAAAAGAUAAAUUCUAUUGAUUUGAGUCAAGACUUUGAGUCCGAAAGUAUCGACGAUUUGGCCAAAGAUUUACAACAAAAGAAAGCAAAUUAUGAUGAAUUGGAGGCAAAAAUAAACGAUACACAGAAGACAAUUGCCGAACACUCAGAGAAUUACAACAAAAAGCAAACACUUCUGCAGAGUUGUGAGCGAAAGAAAUUGGAGAUCGAAAAGAGUGAACACGAGAUGACUAACCAUAAGAAGAAGUUAGAAGAACUCAAGACUGAAAUCGCGGCUUUAGACAAGAGUAUUAUGGAUUCGCAGCUAAAAUCAAUGGAAACCAAUCCAAAGAUCACUGAAAUUGAGUCUCAAAUCAAAGACAAGAACAUUGAGUUCAAAGAAUUAGAGAAACAAAUUCAACAAAAGAUCGGUUUAAUUAAAGAUAAACAGAAAGAGAUCGAAAGGAUUAACAAAGAGAUCGAUAAUCCACCCGAUCCCUGGAAUCAGAUCUCUCCAGACUCUGUCGAUCUCAUCAGUAAUUUAUUACAAGUAAAGAUACGAAAGAGAUAUACAGUAGAGAAGUCUUUAUUCCACGCAUGGCUUCAAGAUUACGAGGUUUGGUGUGAUUUAAGGGAAUUGGAGGCCAAUGCAGGCGUGCGUUGGGUUACACAUGAGUCGGACGACGAGCGCUGGAAACAGUACCGCAUCGCCCAUAACCUCCCGCCCCCUAAAGUAGAGUCAUUCGCGUUAAAUGACGUGAAUAUGGAUGAGAACAACGAAAAUAAUAGUAAUUCAAAAAUUGAUAACAACUCCGGUUAUCAAAAUCAUAAUCAUCACCACAACGGCUCCAGUCCUACCACUGGCAGCACAAGCCCUACAAAAAAUAUACGCCUUUAAAGCACAUAUAUUUCUAUUAAUAAUAAUAUUCAUCUUAUGGUUGGAAGCGAACGAUUUAAUGAAUAAUAAUCUAUUUAAUUGUUUCCAAUUAUAUAUCAAUCAAUUGACCGGAAUUUUUAACAAAAGACUUUUGACUUGUUUUUUAACAAAAAGCGGACAUUUUUUACAAGACAUUUAAUCGUGUGAUUUGUGGAACAGUUUUGGCAAAAAAUUAAAUUUUGGCCAAUUUUUUGCAGCCAAUCUAUUAUUACCCGAAAGUUCUGUGAUUUUACGGCUGUUUUUUGUAUUAAUUGUUUCUGACAUUUAGAUAAUGGCAAUAAUUAUCCAAAUUCACGGUUCCCUUCCCUAUUGAACACCCGAUCCCAACGAUUCGUUCAAUCAAACAAUUUAGUUAUUCAUUGUGUUAUAAAUUGUUUUCAUUGUUUCACUAUUACUAUUACGAUCACUAUUACAGUCAUGUGUUUUUGUGCCUCACUAUUCAAUACUGGCCUCAACUUCCAGUUAUAGUUGGACUCAAACCCAAUCUCUGUCUUAAUUGAAAACUGAUUUCCGUUGUCUUCCAACACUGAAAACACACUUUUAUUUAGAUGUCCUUCAGAUUAAUGAUUGGAUUAUUGUUUUUUUUUCAUUCCGUUUUUAUAUAUGAAUUCAUAAUUAGUACAAGAAAUUUGCACCAAUUUUCUGCUGACAAUCGCUAUUUAACAUAACUAUCUAUUGGACCGAAACAAACAUUUGGACAAUUGAUAUAUAUUUUAACGACUCAUUAAAAAAGACAAUUCUUAUUGAAACAAAUGAUUUAUUAAAAUUUUUAGUUUUCAUUGUUAUACAGUAUUAGGCCUUUUCUACUUAUAAAAUCUUAGUUUUCAUUAUGUAUUUUAAAGAAAUUUUUUAUCGCAUUAUAAUUAGAUGUUAUGGAAAAAUAAAGACAUUCCAAGGGAUGAAACCAUUGGCACAAUAACUCCAAACGAAUCAAAUAUAUUGACACAAAAAUAAAAGGAUAACAAUUAGUUUAGCGAAACAAACCAAACAAAACCCCGUUUUUACGAAUUAAAAUAAAUUGUUUAAAACAAUUGGCGAAACUGAUCGGUGCUUUUGAUAUGAGUUUAUAACUACAAAAUGACAAGUUUAUAUUAUAACCAAAAUUAUAAUAAUGAUUACAAUUCUAAUAUAGCAUUUUAUUUUAUAUUUGACUCGAGUUUUUAAUUUUUGUUAAACAAAAUCAAGUUUUAAUGUUUCAUUUGAGCGC